ACCUCUCCCAGGAUACCCUGCCAUGUGAACAGAAACUUCCUGCUGCAUGGAGGGCAGUGAGAGAAGAACUGGAGAGCUGGAGUGGAGGGCAUCUGGAAAGUGUGACUAAUUUAUCAGAACCUACAGUCCCACUAUGAUCAGAAGAUCCCAGAAAUAACCUAUAAGAUCAUUGGACUGCUGGCUAAAAAAGGUUCUUAUUAGGUGUCAGGAUGUAACUGUCUGUCUCCAUGAAGGACAGGAAUUCUGUAGAAGAGCUCUUCAAGGAUAUUAUGAUGGAUAAUACCCAGCCCCUCACAUUACCAGAGUUAAUCAAUGAAAGUUCAUCUCCUCAUAUUAAGGAAGAAACUGUUUUGUGUGAUGAAGUAAAUCUCAUGGACUCCAAAUAUUCACCAGCAGACCAUACACCAUAUCAGUCUUCUUAUAUUAAUGAUGAAUGGGCCCCAUGCGAAUUUGGAAUCCUUACAAGUCCUGACACUGUUGCACCCACAGAUCAAAACAGACUAUGUUCAUAUAUUAAGGAGGAGCCAUUCUCGUCUGAUGUAAGAAGCCCCAAAGACCCCAACUUCUAUACAUCCACAGAUCAUAGACAAUAUUUAGCUUCUCAUAUUAAGGAGGAAACUAAUGUACACGAUGAGCGACAUUUUAUAGACCUUGCCAUUUUUACAGCCCCAGAUCAUCUUCAACAGUAUCCCUCUAAUAUACAGAAAGAUCCAGUCUCGUGUGAUGGAGAACGUAUUUCAAACAUCUAUCCUGCUCCAGAUAAUACUGCUACAUCAGUGUGUACUAAUGGUCAAAACUUAGAAAACAAUUCAAAUAGUAAACUGAAUGAGAUUGAAGUCAUAUACCAACAUCCAGUACAAUCAACAUUUGGUGACAUCUCAAACCUUACUAAAUAUCAAAGAGCUCACUCUAGAAAGAAAACUCCUCAAUGUCCUGAGUGUGGGGAAUAUUUCUUGAGAAAUGUCCAGCUUGCCUCCCAUCAAAGACUUCAUAUGGGGCAAAACCCUCUUCAAUGUCCUGAGUGUGGGAGAACUUUCUCCAGAACUUCUCAGCUAAUCAACCAUCAGAGGAACCAUAAAGGGAAGAAGUCAUUUAAGUGUUCAGAAUGUGGUCAGUUCUGGCCAGAUAAAGCCCAACUUGUCUUACAUCAAGAAAGUCAUGCUGAUGAGAAACAAUCUAUGUGCUUGGACUGUGGUAAGCACAUCCCUUGUGAUAGUCAUCUGGUGGUCCAUCAGAGAACACACACAGGGGGAAGGCCUUUCACCUGUUCAUUCUGUGGGACACAUGUUACUGUAAGGGAGCAUUUAAUACAUUUAAGAAGUCACCAAGGAGAAAAAUUGGAUGAAUGUAUUCAAUGUGAAAAGCACUCUAAGCAUAAAGUAUCACUCACUAAUCAUGAGGUUAUACACCAUCCAAUGAAAUAAAUUACAUAUCAUUAAUCUCUUUUCCUCCAAAAAUAAAAUUGUUCUAGGAUAACAGAUAUAUUUUUUUUUUUCAGAAUUUUCACACUGAUUUGUCUCAUUUUAUAAUUAAAGUGGAACAGCAGUCAAAAUGGAAUUUGAAUUUUAAACCGUCUCACAGAACACUACUGGACCACAAAAUCCCUAUAUGAAUGGCACCUUUUUCCCUGAACUAAAGUUUGGGUUUGACAUGACAAUCAAAUCACAGCUGUCAGGAGGUUCUAGAGAAUUGUAUAGGAUGACAGCGAAAGACAUAAUUGAACAAUUACCUGAUCUAAAUCACAGGCCCAUGAAUAUUACAUACAGAUCUAAUAGUUGGCGAGAAGUCACCACUGUACAAAUUCUGUGAUGAGAGAUAUGUUCUAAUAAAGCA